UGCAGAGAGAGAGAGGCAGAGAGAGACAGAGAGGGAGGCAGCAGGGGAUGAACACACACACAUGCACAAGCAGGGAUGUGAAGAGGGAGCUCACACACACCUCUCGCGAUUCAGCGGAACAGAUUUAUUCGUCACCUCAGGCAGAGAGACGGCUGCAAAACACAAGACAAUCCCAAACCCAGCUGUACCUGCCCUGGCCGUCUGUCUCUCUGUCUAUCUGUCUGUCUGUCUGCGCAGAUUAACGGCUCUGUUACAACUCUGACUGCGUGCUUACUGGCGUACACUGCGUCUGAGAGACAGAGGGGGGGACACGACAUUCAGAGACGACCAGCGAACGUGAAUGAUGGAAACACUUAAGAGGGACGACUGCAUUGAGGACGCGCACAUGGAUGAACUGCGGGACAAAUAGACAACCAUAAGAUAUAUAUAAAUAUAUAUUUAUAUAUAUAUAUAAAAAGCUCUGUCCCUGCAUCUCGACCUUAGGAACCCCCAAACCCUGCGGGGAGAUGUUCAUCAUUAUGGGAUAGGUGCAAAGGUUUGCCCGUUGCCAUGGAUACCAGCACGCGAAAAUUCACAGUGCGGAGAUGGUUUUCUAUCUACCUGAAGAACAAGGCGGCGAGGAACAAGAACAACACUGGCUUCUGUCAGCUAGAGGAUGACAGUAUACUUAAGGAGAUUGACAUCAGCCACCAUGUCAAAGAAGGCUGUGAGAAAGCAGACCCCUCCCAGUUCCAGCUGCUCAAAGUGCUUGGACAGGGCUCGUAUGGAAAGGUGUUUCUGGUGAGAAAGAUCAGAGGACUGGACCGAGGACAGCUGUAUGCCAUGAAGGUCCUGAAGAAAGCCACACUGAAAGUUCGGGAUCGAGUACGGUCAAAGAUGGAAAGAGACAUUCUGGCAGAAGUGAACCAUCCUUUUAUAGUAAAACUGCACUAUGCGUUCCAGACAGAAGGAAAGCUCUAUCUGAUCCUAGACUUCCUCCGAGGGGGAGACCUUUUCACUCGUCUUUCAAAGGAGGUAAUGUUUACAGAAGAGGAUGUGAAGUUUUACCUUGCAGAGUUGGCCCUGGCGUUGGACCAUCUACACAGUCUGGGGAUCAUCUACAGGGACCUCAAACCUGAAAAUAUUCUUCUGGAUGAAGAAGGAAACAUUAAGAUAACUGAUUUUGGAUUGAGUAAGGAGGCCAUCGACCAUGAUAAAAGAGCAUAUUCUUUCUGUGGAACAAUAGAAUACAUGGCUCCAGAGGUCGUGAACAGGAGAGGGCAUACACAAAGUGCUGACUGGUGGUCAUUUGGGGUACUUAUGUUUGAGAUGUUGACAGGAUCGUUACCGUUCCAAGGAAAAGACCGGAAAGAAACUAUGGCACUUAUUUUAAAGGCAAAGCUGGGAAUGCCGCAGUUCCUCAGUCAUGAAGUGCAGAGCUUAUUAAGAGCGCUUUUCAAAAGGAACCCAACUAAUCGACUAGGUGCAGGACCAGAUGGAGUGGAGGAAAUAAAAAGACAUCGCUUCUUUGCAUCGAUAGACUGGAUUAAGUUGUACAGGAAGGAAAUGAGGCCGCCAUUCAAACCAACAGUUGGAAGACCUGAAGACACUUUCCAUUUUGACCCUGAGUUCACCUCCAGAACGCCCACCGAUUCUCCAGGCCUUCCUCCAAGCGCAAACACACACCAGCUGUUUCGUGGCUUCAGCUUUGUUGCAACAAAUCAAAGUCAGGAGCCCAGUGUUGCUACGGUAGCGCCUUCUCGCCAGGAGGUGAACAGCAUCCUCCCCAUCACAAAGCAUCUCAAAGGUGAUGUGGCCUUCAGUGAUGUUUAUGAGCUUAAGGAGGAAAUUGGACCGACAGGGACUUCUGUCUGCAGAAGAUGUCUGCACAGAGUUACUGCUGUGGAAUAUUCAGUGAAGAUUAUUGAAAGGGCGAGGAAAGAUCCAUCUGAGGAGAUUGAGAUACUGUUAAGAUACGGACAGCAUCCAAAUAUUAUUAGCCUGAAGGAUGUGUUUGACGACGGCCAGUGUGUGUCCCUUGUUCAGGAUUUACUGAGAGGAGAGGAAGUCCUGGAUAGAGCUUUGACGGUGCCAAAUUUUACAGAGAGAGAUGCGUCACACAUUAUCUGCACACUGACCAAGACUGUGGAAUAUUUACACUCUCAGGGGGUUGUGCAUCGAGACCUGAAGCCCAGUAAUAUUCGCUACGCUGAUGACAGUGGACUCCCAGAAAGCAUCAGGUUAUGUGAUUUUGGUUUUUCCAAACAGCUCAGGGCUGAGAAUGGCUUGCUGAUGACCCCCUGUUACACGGCUACCUUCAUGGCUCCUGAGGUCCUGAAGAAGCAGGGUUAUGAUGCAGCCUGUGACAUCUGGAGCAUGGGGAUCAUGCUCUACACCAUGAUAGCUGGUUUCAGUCCAUUUGCCAGCAGUUCUGAGGACAGCGCAGAGGAAAUUCUGGCUCAAAUCGGCUGUGGGAAAUUCAUUAUCACAGGAGGGAACUGGGAACUUGUAUCAGACUCUGCCAAGGAUAUUGUGAUAAAGAUGCUCCAUGUGGACCCUCAUCAGCGCCUGACUGCUCCCCAGGUUCUUCGUCACCCCUGGAUUGUAGACAGAGACCAGCUCUCUGACAAAGCUCUCAGCAGACAGGACGCUCUUAUUGUCAAGGGGGCGCUGUCCGCCACCUACUCUGCUCUAAAGCGCUGCGCUCCUGCUCCGGUCCUGGAGCCGGUUCAGUCCUCCAGCCUGGCUCAGCGGCGAGGAAUAAAGAAACAGGAGAGUCCCAAAGUUAAUGCAGAAAAGGAGUAGCAUUUCGAAAAGCAUAACCCUCUCAAAGUGCUCCUAGGCAAGAAAAAUCCUAUCCCAAAGGGACUAAAGGUAACAAUUAAUGAAUCCACUAUCACUUGCAUCAGCACUAACUUCAGUUCUCUACUCAAGGUGAUUCCAACGGCCUGAAGAAAUUGAAUAUUUUUACUCUAACAUGAAUAUAUCCUGGAGACAGAGGGUUUCAUUCAGUCUUUGAGAAGCCUUUUCCAAUCCCUCUGGUGUCCUCUGACUUUCAAGUUCCCUUUGAAAGUCAGUUUUGAUUUCAGUUUGUAAAAAAAGAAAAACACCAACAUUUUGUAUUCACUUCAAUUUUGACCCUUGCACCAUUUCUUUUAGUAUGGCCAUGGCUUUACAAUUGCCAGGAAGUGAACUGAUGGUCAACAAUAAGAGCUUUAGCUCAAUAUACACAGACAACUUGUUUAUAUCUUUGAAAGCUUCAACAGCUAAAGAAAAAGCUGUAUCCAGUGCCACAUUAACCAUGCCAAAUAGUACAUUGACUUCCAUUGUCAUAUAGCACAUACAUGUAUGUCACCAGGAGUUCAUGCCAUACAUUAAUAGCGUCUUCCACAGUCAGUACUCUAACAUGCAUUAUAUCUAACAAUAGAUGUUGGAGUAACAUGUCUUUAAAUGAGGUACCCUCACUGUGAUUAUUACAUUUUUUCUCCAAACAAACCUCUGGAUUCUACAGAGUUAUGCAUGUAAAAAAUGUAAAUAUCUUACCAAAGGGAAUUAUUGACUUAACAAUACCAUUGAAGUCUUAUUGUUUAUAAUAUGCUAAUAAUUUUACCGUAUGUAUUGCUGUCUUCCAUUAUAACAGCCUUUGACUAUCGCUAAAUUUAUGUGAAAUGUAUCACUGCAGUACUUCCCAGGUCAGAUGGAUCAGUAAGCUAUAAAGGUAUUUAUGUUGAAAGGACUGUGUCGUGUUUCAUAAAAUAUGUUAUUUUGCUUAAGAGUAGAUCAUCAUAUGACUCUUUAGUAAAUAUCCCAAAACCCUGCAGCCUGUACUGCUUUUAACUCAGCAUUCAGUGUGAUAUAUCAUCUUUCAGUGUGUGCUCAAAGUGUCAAGUAGCUACCAGUAAACUUCUGUUUGCUGUUAGUGUCUGCAAGCCAAAUUGUUUGAGGACCACUGUGUCAGAGUGUUGUGUAUAUACUGUGUAAUGCUGCUGCCCUGACUGUGUCUAAUAAGUUGUACAAUCAUAAAUACGAGGGAGGACUGAACAGGGUGUUUUGCAGACAUGAGUAGCAAUCUUUGUGCUGUAAAGUUUACCAGUAGGAAUGUAGAUUAUGAUGCUUCAGAAUGAAUACUCCUACUUACUGGUCAGAGGUAAAUAAAACAUAUUGUGAAGUGUAACUAAUAAGCACUGUAGCAGAUAUACAAUAUUCCUGUACAUAUUAUGUUUGCUGAUGCACAGACUGUAUGAGAGGUGGAGCUGGGACUGAUGCAGAUACGGUUGUAGACAUUAUAUCGUACAACCACAAGUUCAAGGUGCUGUAAAUAAUGAAUGAAUGAAUUAAAAUUGUACAUAAAGUGUUGUUCAACUAUCAGCAAGCAGUAAGACUGUAUAUAUUGUGUUUGCAGAUAUAUAGAAAUUGUACAUAAUAUAUUGUGUUGUGCAUCCUGUGUGUACAUACUGUAUAUACCUGGCAAGCCACUGAAAUCAUUGGUUAAAAUGCCAAAGUUUUACAAAUAAAGGAAAAUAAAAGCAGAGACGGCACUGAAAUGAGUAAAGAGUU